AUGAAGGAGUGUACAACGCCUCAUGAUCAACAUUAUUCAAGUGAAAUUACUUCGAAAUAUCCUCAUCCAGCCUUACAUCACUGCAGUUGGAAUAAUAGAAAUAAACAUUUUCAAGGAAAACCAGGAUUUGUUGACCCACUUGGUGUUGUAAAGCUAUGCCUACCAAUUUUAGAACAAUGUACAUAUGCAAAACCACACGCUCCAUACUCUCCAACACCUGCAUCAUCUAAUAGUCAAUAUUGUGAAGGAUUAACCAUUUAUUUGGAAAAGUGGGAACCGGAUAUACAAGUUGAACAGUGUGUACAAAAUUAUAUAGAAUUCCCUUGUAAAAUGGAAUUAGAAAUUUGUUUGGAUAAAUCACCCAAAAAAGCUUUGCAAUUUAUGAUAUCUUAUUUACGUCAACGAGGACCAUUUAUAACAUGGACUAUUAGAGAUGAUACGCAUCGGAGUGUUAAUAGAUUCUUAACAAAAAUAUUCUCUGGUUAUGCACAGAAUUUAAAUGAUUUAGAAUUUACUAGUGCAAUAUUAAUUGGAAGAUAUUUACAUUUCUUACUGUCUGUUAGUUAUUCAUACAAUAUCUAUUAUUUUAAAAAUAUUAUUGCGAAAGUAUGGGGUCCGGUGUACUUAAAUGUGCAAUAUGAACAAGAUGUAUUAUUACAUUUUAAAAGAAUGGAUGAAGAAACAACUGAUUUAACAAUAUCUUUAUUCACCCAAAUUAUUGAAACAAUCCCCUGGUACACAUUCCAACCAUUUGAAGGUGUAGAAAAGAAUUUCACUGAAGAUAAGAAGUUUCGUUAUAAACAUUAUGCUUCUGAAGAAAGUUGUAGAAUCCAUAAUAAACUUGAAAUUCCGGCACACCUCAGCGGAACGAUGAGUGAUGCAAUUAAACAAGAAACGAUUGAAUAUAAAUUCAGAAAGAUACAGGAAGAAAAUUUAAAAAAUGAAACAAAUCUAUCCACUAGUAAAAUAGAGGAUGGUAAAACUAAGAUAAUUCCUAACUUUCAACCAGACAACUGUUCUCUAAAAUAUAAAAAUUCAUGUUGA